AUGUCUUCUUCUGGAGCGCCGUACUGUAUCAUCUGCGGCGUAUUAAUCCAUAACCGCACCCGCCGCAAUGAAUGGCCCGGUCAAUACAGAGCCGGUAAGAAUGUUUGUUUUCAUCAUUAUAUCGAUAGUAAUGGGACGAAUCCUGCUCACACCAUUCGAUUAGUUCGAGCUGCUUCAUUGAAUGAAGAGCCAUUCCUGACAGGCGUGGCGAGGUUUGUACAUGGCGAAAGACUGCUACGUGCGCCAUCAAACCCCUACGAACGAUAUGAAAACGACAGGUACACCAAUGAGACCAAGUCGGACGAAUUUCCGUCGCAGGGGAGAACCUCUGAAGAUCACCCAUUACCUGGCUUCGUAUUCCACGAUGCCUGCUGGGGGAUCCUGAAGGCGCUCGUUCAUCCCCAAGAGAUCUCUAUACCCCGGCUAUAUGACCUCUGUCUAUCAUUUCCUUCACAGGAGUUCGGUCUUCUUACCUGGGGCCACGGGUAUGAGAGCAGUGUCUCUGAUGCAGAAAUAGUAACACACUACCGAUCAACGUACCAGCAAUCUUUCUUUCUUCGGGAUCCCUUUGAUAUCCCGGAGUUACAGGAGGCACUUGACGAAGCAGAGAAAGAGAGAUCCAACGAAAACACAGCUGAACGCAGUAUUAUCGCCGAGAGGGCUGACUGUGACAAGUUUUACUCGCUGCCUUUUGAAAUAAGGGAAGAUAUCCAAUGUAUGCUCAGCCUGCGUGAUGUAUUCAAUUUACGGAUAGCUUCAAGGUCAUUUGGUAGCAUGCCACUAUCCCAGCAUUUCUGGCGGUCUCGAUUCCUACCAUCUUUUGAAAGGGGGUUCAUCUUUGAAGCUCUACGUCCUCAGUUGGACAAAGCAACAUCCGGCGCGACUAUUCAUUACAACUGGAAGGCCCUGUAUGAGAAAACAAACCCGAACUUAAAGCAUUUCGAAGCUAUACGGAACCGAAGGAGAAUAUGGGAAUGCAACAAGUCCCUUGCAGCAUUGCUUAUUUCACAGCCUCCGCUGGAAGAUGGCGGUGCAUAUUCCAUGGAAGAACAUAACCAUGUCCUCUGGCGGACAGCAGCAGCCAAACCACUAGAACCUCCCCGAACGCAGCCUAGUAGGGGGCGAUUUCCUGGCUCUGCUCCACUCCCUCCUCCCAGCAUUGUCAAGGAACAUGCAAUUCGUGUCCCUAUGCAGGUAUCGCAUGUUGGCGUGUCCCUUGUUUGUUUCGGAGGGAAUACAUAUGUUUCCGGCAUACGCAUCAGCACACCGGACGAAAAGGAAGUUCGGCUGGGCUACAUCCGUCCUGACAACGAAGUCAUUCUCAACAUUAGUCAGAAAGGCGCAGAGUCGAACUCUCAUCCUCUCACGGGGUUUGCCAUCUGUGCUGAUCCCGGCGGUAUUCGAGGAAUCAGAACAGCCACGGCAGAUGGCGCAUUAUCAAACUGGGCAGGCGAUCACCAUGACGUGCCCAGCACUUUACGCUUAUGUCUCAAUGAACGGGUAACACACAUCAAAGCGAAAUUUGACGCAUUCAGACUGAUAUCCCUCUCUGUCCCGGAAGAAGAGCAAAUCCAUAGCCAGAACCCGCCUUGCUUGUCUCCACGCAAAGCAACGCUCUGGUACCCGCAUAUACCGUGCGAACACCAAUCUCUGCAUGAACUAGAUUUUGUAUAUCAGGAUGAGCCUCAGCCUUCCCUACUGAGUUAUCAACAGCCUCAUAUACUGCUUAUGUUCGGUGGUGAGAAAGGGAGUUAUCUGCCCUACCUUACUAAGAUAUCAGUUAGUACGUUAGGGGGUAUAUUGACCUGGAUUGAUUUCCAUUACGAAUGCGACGGAGCACCUAUCAGCUGUCUGCCUGUAUACCAGGGUAGAGAAAAGCAUGGCAACCAGUCGAAGAUACAGUUUAACAUUGACGGGCCGGGUGGUGAGAGAGUCACCGGGUUCAGAGUGAAAGAUAAGCAGUGGCGGACUCCAAAGAAUGAGCCGAUCAGUUUCAGUAUUGCGACGCUGGAGGCUACUACGAACCGUGGAAGGUCUUUUACAUUUGAUGCCAAUGUGCUUCCGAAGAUCAGACUGCCUUUGGGACAUGGCCAGCAAAAGAAGAAGAAACUUGACAUUGAGCCGGGCUCGACUAUAACUGGCAUAUAUAUCACCCACGAGCCUCCAAAUGGAUUGACGGGGCUUGGUAUAGUUUCUGAGAAGGUAUGA